UUCGUAUUUCAUGCAGAAGUGUGCACUAUAGCCUCUUACUCACACAUUUUAUAAGUAUCAGCGUUCCAUUCCAACUCUACUUCACCGCGCUCGCAUCUCCAGCUCAACGAUUCCCCACAGAAGCUUCUUCCAGACAUUUUUUUGACCGUUUAUCCUAUAUUUGAUCCUAAAUCUCAUUUUCCAUCCCAUGCGACCUAGGCAAAAUCGAUGCAUUGGUGGACUCGCUGAGGGUCCAUCACAUAGAGCAGGUGCUUCACAGUCUAAAGUUGAACAAGUGUUCAAACUCAUUAGUGCUCGAUAUUUGAACACUGAAUUUUUUACCACAUUUUGUAAAAAUGUGACUGACAUCAUAGAUUUUUAUGGAUUGCAUAAAUUAGUCUAUUGCAGUCAGUCCAUCAAUGUCGAUCUUUGCAAAGAAUUCUACAGUAAUUUACGAUCGACUAAUGUUGAAGAUGCAUAUACAACUAGGGUAGGAUCUAAAGAUUUUGAGUUUACUCAUGCUAUGCUUAGAGAGUAUCUUGGAUGUAAGAAGUCAAAGAACACUUUUGUGUGUUUUCCUACUUUUAGUGAACCCUUACCAAAGCCGUUUGAUAGAGUCACGGUUGACUCCAUGUAUAACUACUACUACCAUGGACAUGAACCUUCUUCCCAUACUAAUUUUUCUGUCUUGGAUCUGUCUGCCCCGGACAAUGUACUUUAUAAGGUUGUCGUUGCAUGCCUCCUCCCUAUUGUUACAAAAGGUCAAGCAAAGAUUAGGCUUCCUCAUCUUUUUAUGAUGUAUGCACUAGAUCAUAAGAUGGACAUCGACAUUUCAUUACAUAUAUUUAAGUCCAUUGUACACUACUCCGUUCCCAUGCAUGGAAAAAUAUAUAUCCCCUUUGGCAAUGCCAUCACUGCAUUUCUUGCAUACAUGAGUAUAGACAUUUCACAAGGGACCCUUCAGCCACUGUCUAAAGACUACGAUCAGAUUGGAGCCAGACAACUUGCCCUCGCAGGCAUCAUCGUCAAGAAUCAAGUCAUUGUGUGGAAGCAAGGGAGGCAGCGAGCCAAAGAACAUGAAGAGGAGGAUCAGUCAGCCAACGAACACAAGGAGGAGGAUGAAGGUGAAAAAGCAUCCCCGGUGCCACCAUCAUCAUGUUUACCAUUCAAUGUUUCAGAUAGACUGGCAUUUAUAGAGGAGAGGAUGAAUUUGCUGAUUACCAGAUUUGACAAGUUCCUCCAUGAUUUUGAUGAUUUUCGACAGCAAUUUGGACAUUAUAGUCAGAGGCAGGAUCAAAUUUAUGAUAUGCUCUAGGAGUUGGAUUCCGACUGUCUUUGGCACACGCUGUAAGUUGAACUUAUGUUUUGGCUAUUAAUAUACUUAAUACCUUCUGUAGAUUGAUACA